AGGGGAACGAAAUGACCUUUCGUUGUAAACGUUGUGAAGAGAAGGGCCUUCGUUGUUUCGUGGACACCGCCACGGGGCGUUGUGCCGGUUGUAUUUCUGUGAAAGCUGAAUGUAGCUUGUUCGUGACUGAGGAGGAGUGGGAAAAGGUGGAAGCAGACAAGCGUCAAAAACGGUUGGCUCUUCUGCGGGCUGAGGCCGAAGUUGCGCGUCUUCGUCUGGAGGUUGCUGAGACUGAGGCCCUUGAGCGGUCGUACGCCGAUCGUGAUCAUGCCAUCUUGAAGCAGGCCGAGGGGAGCUCAGCCCCUGGCGGUACGGGCCUUCCUGUUGUCGAACCACCGCUAUCCGAGUUGUCGACUGAUCUGGGCUGGUUACAGGCUGAUUCCUUCGAUCCUUCUUUUGAUUACUCCUUCCUUUUCGAGGGGCUUCCCCUCGCUUCUCCGGGUGCUUCUGGUGGUAUUCACGUACUAGUGACUUGCAGUUCGUCAGGUUUCCUUCAGGUUCCUAAGUGUUAUGGCUUUCGGGCCAUCCUUGCCACUUGACCAAGUACUUCCACUGACUACCGAUUUUUCGCAGGUCCUUGAUUUCCUCGACCUCGUACUCAUCGUCUUCGAGCUCUAUGUCCGUUGCUAGCUCGGCAUCUGGAGGUGCUGGUUCCAGGAGUUUCUUAUGAAAGACAGGGUGGAUUCGCAUACCUUAUGGGAGUUUUAACUUAUAGUUUACUUUUCCUAUU